AAAUCGGUCUUAGAUCUACACUAAGUGCUGCUGCCUCCACUUCUAUUCCACUGCUACUAAAAACUCCAGACUGGCUAUCCCCUAGGGGCUCUUCCAUAAUGUGUUAACUAUCUGUUUGAGGACUUCCAGUAUAAGUUUUACCUUUGAAGGGUUUGCAGAAGCCAAAGGACGUUGUUUUGAAAGGUCAAUGUUCAGCACAGCUGUCCCUGGCCCACGUUGGUGAUAAUGCUUCUACUGAUAGUUCUCGGGGCCACUCUCGGGGUAACUGGUGGUGCUAUUGCUACCUGUGCAAUGGCCUUCCUCUGCUCCCGUUUUAAGAAGCUGAGAGGGUCCUACAUAAAUCCGGAGAACAAGUGUCUGGAAAGCACAGCAAAGGAGAGAAAUAUCCUGCACACGACACAGCAGUUUAGAGUGAAGAAGACAAUGGAGACAGUCCAGCCAAGGACCAGGUUAGCAACACCUAAAAUCUAUGGUCCCAAACCAAUGAAAACCUUCCCAGAGUUCAUCAAUUAUCCAGACUGCUCCUUAGAAAGGAUGGAUGAAUGUCUGCCAGCUAGAGCAGAGAAGACCCACAUCUCCAGUUUAAUUGUGAAUUCAUCUGAAGAUCUGUUUGUUUUUUCCAGGAACGCUCCCGGUGAUGCUGUGCCUCUGUCAGAUGACAUGCAGAGUGAAGUAUCUGAGGAUUCGAUGGAAGAUGUGAAGCUGCAUUAUGGAAUUCAAUACAACCGCUAUAAGUCGGAACUUUAUCUCACCAUUAUUGAAGCCCAAAACACAAACAUGGUGGAAAACGUGAACCGCAGUGAUAGUUACGUGGUAGCUGCCUUGAUCACGAAACUUGGGAAGGCUGAGGCCGAGACCUCUAUCCAGGCAAAGACCCUGCACCCGGUUUGGCAAGAGACUCUGACAUUCCCCGUCUUAGAGGAACAUAUGCGGGGGGCAACUUUAACCGUGGCUGUCUACAGCUGUGAUAAGUAUUCCAGGCAGAGCUGUGUGGGGGAAGCUCAGCUCAAGCUGUGUGAUGUGGCAGUAGAAGAAAGGACGGAGUGCUGGAUCAGACUGACAGCCCCUCUAAAGAAUUCCUCGCUUGGUGAGAUCUUGCUUUCCAUCAACUUCCUUCCGGCUGCUAACCGUCUGAUUGUCAUCAUUAUGAAGGCACAGAACUUAAAUCCCAACAAGCUGAAUGAUCUGAUAGAUAUGUCAGUCAAGCUCACUCUCAUGCACCAAUCCUUGAAGCUAAAGAGAAAACAUACAAGACAUGUUAAGCACAAGAUUAACCCAGUGUGGAAUGAGAUGAUAAUGUUUGAGUGUCCUUAUGAAAUGCUAUGCAAAGCCAGUCUUGAACUGGAAUUAUUGAAUCAGGACUGUACCAGGCAAAAUCAUCUCCUUGGAAAAUGCAACCUCGGUAUGAAUUACACUGACUUAGAGUUAAGUCACUGGCAGGAAAUGCUGGCCAACCCCAAGAAACAGAUUGCAAUGUGGCAUAAACUGCAUGAAUAAUCACCUUCUCUCUCAGUCACAUUCACUGGCAAAGUUCAAGCUUCAGCAGAUUCAUUUCCAAAGUUUCCUGCACCCGUUGAUGCCAUGGCCAAUGUUCAGUUUUCCAUAAGCUAUAUAAAUCCCAGUGCUCACAUAGUGGGAAAGGUUUAAACAAAAAGCUAUUCAGUGGCUGCAGCUGAAGUGUGUACUGAGCCCUGCAGCUUGGGGCCUACUUCUUAUUGUGGCUUCUUUUGUAAAAUGGUUGCACAGAACACAGUUAAUUUUUUUUAAUGGAUCUGUUUGCAGCCCAAUUAACUGUCCUUCAGAGGAACUCACGAGGCCCACUUCAGUGCCAAAGACGAAUGCCAAUCUGUGCUCAGCCCCCUUAUGAGUAUCUCCUCCAUUCAAUUUCCCUCUCUCUACUUCAUCAACUUCCCUCCCCGCCGCUCCUUCCUCCCUCAAUUAAAAGACCCUUGUAACCUGUUCUGGCAUUCAAAAAGUUCUUAUCUCAUUUGAUCAGUGUCCUCACCCUCAUUUUCUUGAUAAUCCCUGUAACCCUCAACUCUUCUUUAGACUGAAAUUCUAGUUCAGCUUUGAAUAUGCUUAAUAACUCAAUCACGUCUUCCCAACCUCCUCCUUUCUAAUUGUCCUCACCAUCUUCUGAUCAGCACCUUUCCUUCACUUCUCUGAAUUACUGCCUUCCACUGUCUUCACCUGCCCCUUUCAUUCAUGACCUAUUCUCUUCCAGGAUACAGCAGAGGACCAUUACCAGCAAAAGAGUGGGUCAACAUUGAAUGCCUCUUCAACCCUGAGCUGCCUGAGGAUGCCUAGUAACUGAGUGCAAAUUUCCAGCCAUGUGGAAAUGAAGAUGGAGUCUCACCUGCAUGAUGUGGUGGCGUACUCUGCCACAUUUCAACUGGUGGCUCUAACAGAAAUCAAUUUCUAAUCAUUGAAGUGGAAAUAUUAAUGUGAUGAAGAUGGGUUUAUUAAUCCAUUAUUUGUGGUAUCCCAUCAUCAUCACCUAACUGAUUUUAUUGAGGUUCAAUCAUUUUAACUGAGAAGCCACAAUAUGGUCUUGAUGUAGCUGCACCUGAAAUGUUCUCAAACAUCAUUAUUCAAGUUCCUGCUUUUAAUUCAUUGCUAAGAAGAAGAAGCAGACAGUUCUAAAUGGAAAAUAAUUCCUCAACAUUUUAUUAUCUUAAAAUUGGAUGUGAUGUUGAAUUUCAACUCUUUCAAAUAACUGAACUCAGGAGCACAUUAACUUUUUAUGCUUCAGCUGAUUGGGACAAAGGGUCAUGUCUGUUUAUCCUGAAAUUAUAUCCACUUGAUCACCAUGUUCCUGUGUUUAACAAACUCAUUGGAUAUCUGCCACUGAGUGUUCCAAAUAGUACUUUCAGCUAAAGGAAGGCACAAAGCAGCAUUAAGCAGUGCAUUUUGCAAGCAGGAGUGUUAAAAGUGGGGAUAUUUAUGGACUAAAUUGUAAGCUCAAAAUGGUAUUACAACAUGAUUGCAGCAACAAGAGACAUUACUCUAUAUUGACUAUUUUAAUCAACAUUUACCUCAAGUCUUUUGAAUCUUUAACCAUUUGAACUUGAAUGACCAGCCAAAAGUUCUAUUUGAAGGUGUGGGAGACCAAAAGCAUUCAUAUGUCCAGAUACAUUAAUUAUUCGAUGCUAAUAUACAAAUACAAAAGUAUUUUUAAAAAGAACAAUGGAAAUGUCAAUCUUUUCAAAAGAGAUGGAAUUUAUAAAAAAUUAAAUACCAUAUCGAUCCCUGUCUGUCUAGAAUACUGCACACAGUUUUGGGCUAAAAUUAUGACUUUAUAAUGAUAGUAUGGUUUAAAAUAUUAAAUUAUAAAGAUGCAUAAACAAGGCUUGCUUACUUGUGGAUUUAGAAAUGUGACAACUUAUCAAAAUGAUUAAGGGAUUUGGUAGGGUUGACACCAAUAAACCAUUCGCUCUUUUUGUGAGAACUGUGACGAGAUUGUAUAACCUGAAAUUGAAACUGGGGUAUUUGGAAAUAAAACCAUACAACAAUUUGAUUUCUGUCAACCGGUUCAGAUAUGGCCCAAGUGCUGAGUGAGAGACGCUGAAGCAGGUCGAUAGUUCAUAGACUUUAAUGCAAACAGUGUUAAAGGGAAAAGAAAACAGUAAACGCUAGGCCAACCAGGACAGUUAACUAAUACUCUCAAAUGGAAAACGAGGCCUACACUGCGGCUGAAAAGAACAACUAAGAAUAAAACAAAUAGCGCUAGUCUUCAGAGUCAGUUGACUUGACAGUCCGGUUUCUCGGGCAAGGUCGAAUGCAGGCAGGCAGUGAGGUGUUGUUGUGUCCAUGUCCAAGUCUCAACAAGCACUACGAAGACAAGUACGGAGUUAAAUACUAUCACAAUGAAAUAAUAAUUAGCUGACAUGUGCAUAUUCACAAGUGUAAUUGACGUAUCUACUGCACUGCCAAAUCCAUAAUUGUGACACGGCCACCCUCUCUAGGCAUAGCCCCUGAGGCACCACAGAUCUGUGUCCGCUGGAAUUUCCGGAUCAACGACUUGUCCAAGAUGUCCUUCACCAGGAUCCAAGUAUGUUCUUCUGGUCUAUACCCUUCCCAGUCCACAAGGUACUGGACCUUACCACGUACCCAGCGAGAUGCCAGGGAUGACUCGAGAGACUUGGGGAAACAUGAGAGGGAGGCAUGGGGAACUCGAGAGGCAGGGAGACUCAGGGAUCCAGAAAGACUGAGAGACCUGAGAACCUCAAGUAAGAUCAAGAAACGUCGAGCAAGGCCAAGAAGGAGGCUUGGGAAUCCUCGAGAUGGGGAGGACAUUGAAAAACCCUAAACACAUUGAAUAAACCUUGGAAACAACCGGAAAAAGAAAACCCUGGGAACAUAGAGAAAAGUCUUUGGGAAACCUUGAAACCUAGAGAAGGAACCUUUUCAAAACUUGCUCAGUGUUUUAUCUUUCACAAUUUUUCCAGAGACAAUUAGGAUAUGCUCUCAAUUUUACAGAUCAAGACAGGAUCGACAGGUUUCUUUCAUUGCUCA